CCCUGUCAUUAGUGCAGCCUGUGUUUACGUUCGGGACGACCCCUCCCACACGCGACGCGCGACGACUCGACCUCGCAGGUGAAGCGGUUCAGCCUCCGCUCCAGUGGCUUCCCGCUCGCGUUCCGCUCCCAGCACGCUCUCGGUGGAUCAUUGUUAUGUGCGCGGCCGGAGACGAUGCGCGUCACUUCCCAACGAGCGAGGAGUUGCCUUUAGAAAUUAAAAAAAAGACACGCGGACGGAACGGCGGCGCGUCCGGAGAGCGGGCGCCUGGAUGUGGAGGAGCGGGCGGGAAAGACCUGACCGGGCGGCAGCGUGGGCGUGAAGCUCAUUAACCUGUUCAUCAGAGGCUCGCAAACCUGACAUGUUUGCACCCAGCGGGACGGUAACCUGAGAUCCCAUGCCGAGGGAACACCAGGAUGCGUCCCUUUGUGUCACCACUUUCAGGAAAGACCGGUGUCGGGGGAGGCUGUUGCAAUUGUGCCGCUUUGGUCUUGCAGCUCCUGCUGUGUCUCGGUUUUCUUCCCUCCAUGGGCGCUUGCCCACGUGACUGCCUUUGUGCGAGUGAUAUCAUCUCCUGCAGCGGCCGCAAUCUGUCCGCGCUGCCCCUUGAUCUGCCGAGCUACGCCACGCGACUGGACCUGAGUCACAAUGCCCUCACUGCCCUGCCUAGCGACUGGAUUCCCCGACGGUCUGAUCGGCUCACUACGCUGGUCCUCAGCAGGAACUCGAUACGUCAAAUUGAGGCAAAGGCGUUCGCCGUGUCUCCGCAUCUCCUUCAUCUGGAUCUCUCCAUCAAUCAACUGACGUUGCUGAACGUAUCCAUCUUCACUGGGCUGGGUGAGUUGAAAGAGCUGCUUCUGUUUGGGAACCAGAUUGUCCAGAUCGACCCAAGGGCCUUCAGCGGCCUUCACAGCCUGCAGCGGCUCUACCUUUCUGGGAACAGACUGACGGUGUUUCCACUGGGGCUCUAUUCGGAGCCCGGAGGACCUCGUAACCUGACCUUUCUUGAUGUGUCAGGCAACAGGCUUUCAAAGGUGCCUGUGCAGAGCGUGCUGUCUGUCACACGCCAAGGUGGAAUUUAUUUGCAGGAAAACCCAUUGGUGUGUGACUGUGCAUUGAUGGCCCUGUUGGAGUACUGGAUCUGGAAGCAGUAUCAGCCCCUGGUCGACUUUGGAGGGGAAUAUCCAUGCAGAAAUGAUUCAAGAACGGGGACUAUUUGUAGCCAGCAGGGAAUGUGGGACACGCCCCUUGAGACACAGACUUACCAGGUGGAGCCUGGUAAAUCACUGUUAGUGCCAUGUCCAGGGUUGACGUCCUGGACCCAGGAUGGGCUGCUGGUUUUCUGGGUGACCCCGAGGACUGUGGUGAAUUCAUCAAACUAUGACCCAAGUGCCCACCUAGCAGUUCUUCCUAAUGGCACCCUUGAAAUCCAAGAAGCACUUGUGGAGGACUCUGGUACAUAUGGGUGUGUAGCCGCCCGUGGGCGACGCUAUCACCUGCAUGAGUCCGUGGAAGUCGACGUGGUGGUCGGCAACUCGAGCACCGCCCUCUCCGGCGGCACGUCGCAUCGCAGCGGCGCCGAACAUUUUAACACCGCGUUCACCACCCUUGCCUCCUGCGUGGUCAGCAUCAUUUUGGUGCUGCUGUACCUCUACCUCACCCCCUGUCGAUGCAGGGAAGGCCCGGGCGGGGGAGCGAGGGGGUGCGGAGGAAGGGCCAUCGUCCUGUGCUCGGACCCAAGGGACGUGGAGUCGGAACAGCGGCGGUCGAACGGGAAGAGGGUGGCGUUCCUGGAGCCUCAAGCAGAGAACUCAGAUGCCGGCAGCCCCAAAACACCAGCAGUAUACUUGGGUCAUGUCACCACUGAGGGAAUUCUAAAGAAUGGAAGUAGGACAGUGGGACAGAGCAUCACAGACCCUGCUCACAUGGCAUAGAAAGAAAAUUACCUUUUGCACACUCCUGUGUCUGUACACUAUGAAGUGAUUUUUUCUGUGUCUUGUUUCGGUACAUAAUGAAAAAAUCCCUUUGAUGUGCAGUAGUGUACUGUGAUUUACUGUAUAUGGAGUAGUUAUGCAGUAUAGGGGUCAGAUCUUAAGUAGAAUUUUAACUGUCUCUACAGUACGUGGUGUCUUUUUUCACAAUAAUAAGAGCUUUAUAGGGAAACACAAAGAUGGAUGGAUGGAUGUGUGCUGAUAAGCUGCUAGAGGCACUGGUAGUUGUAAUAUCCUAUCUGCAUGAUGAGUAUAGCUAUGACAGUGACCCCUGAUAUUUUUAACCAUCAGUCUCAUCAGACACACUAUGCCCACAACAAAUGAGUUAAAAUAUGUUCAUCCAGUAGAAAAAAGGGAAGAAACAAUACAAUACUAUAAAUUGGACUACAGUGUCGGUACUGGAUAAAAAGAAAGAGACAAAUACUUGCAGAAAUAAAUAUAACUUAUUGAUAGACAAUUAUGAGAUGAUGUCAGACACUUUGACAUAUUUGACCUAUUUCAUCGAUGGAUAAAGGAUGAAGCAGGAAAUUUUACUUUGAAAACCAGAAUCAAGUCACUCAAAUCCACCUGUGUAAAGGGCUCUUCUUUUUUGGAGUAUCCAGGCCGAAAUUAUUAGUGUGUGCUUGAAAUUGAAGGCAGAGGAAGGCAUAUGAAGUACAUGUCUUUAUUGUUAUUUAGGUGUCUCCUUUAAGAUUGGUUGUCCAGAAAAAUCAAUAAACUGCUCCUCUUGGAUAUAAUCUUGCAUUUUACCUGCUUUGGUUUUUAAUGUGGAUAAAGCAACAGAAUAUAAAAGCCAUCAUAAAAAAUAUGAUAAUAGUGAAUUUAUGCAGAAUUAUUGUGGUUGGACUCUCCCUAAAUUUUGAGCAAACAAUAAAGAGGAAAUGGCC